AUGGCGAAGAUGCUAAUCUCUUUCAGCAAGUUUCUUGGAAACAACCAGAACGGCACUAAGACAAAAUCCCAAUCCACCCUGUCGUUCGGUCACAAUCCGGCGACGAAGAAGACCGAAAUAGCUUCUGACGAUGAUGCGCUGCCUGUCGAGGAGGGGAAGACCCCUACGUCGGAUGUUGAGAUGAAAGACGACCAAACAAUUACUUCACCCCUGGAGACUAUUGAGAAUUCAAAAGGAAGGCACAAGCGAACGGCUUCCAGUGACAGAAAAGAAGUGGAGGAAGAUUCGGACGAAGAGCCUGUUGUUAGGAAGAGAAGGCGAACGUCGGCAUCAAGAUCAACAUCCAGAGAUUCAAGAAAGAAAUCACCGAGCCGAACGAGAGCACCGACUUUGAAUGGGAAGGCUUCCAUAGUCAUCGCAAAGAAGGCCAAUGCUACCCCCGUUGAGGAAGACGCAGAGGUUUCAGACAAAGGUAGUCUCGCGUCUGAGCCCGAGGAUGCCUCUUCCGCGAGCGAAAGCGAAGAUCCCAAGGUGAAUAAAAAACAGGUAGAAAAGAUACAAGCCACGAUCAGAUCUACCGGCAAGGACCCUUAUCCGGACUGGAAGGCUGGUGACCCUGUGCCAUACGCAGCCCUUUGCACGACCUUCUCUUUGAUUGAGCUAACGACGAAGCGUCUACAAAUCACGGCGUAUUGCUCGGCAUUCCUUCAACAGGUCCUGCGACUAACACCUCAAGAUCUUCUUCCGACGAUACAGCUGAUGCUGAACAAACUUGCUGCCGACUAUGCUGGUAUAGAACUCGGUAUCGGCGAAUCUCUGAUUAUGAAGGCCAUUGGAGAGAGUUCUGGUCGGUCACUCGCUGUGAUCAAGUCGGAUCAUCAGAAGAUUGGUGAUUUAGGACUGGUUGCUGCGAAGAGCAAGUCCAAACAAGGUCAAAUGUUCAAGCCAAAGCCACUCACUGUUCGAGGUGUCCACCAGGGCCUACUCGACAUUGCUAAGAUGGAAGGGCACGGUUCGCAAGAUCAGAAAGUUCGAGCCAUCAACAAACUGAUGGCUGCGGCCGAUGUAUCCUCGUCGAGCAAGACCGUGGAUAUAACCAAAGAUAAAGGUGGACCUUCAGAAGCAAAGUUUCUCGUCCGGUUCUUGGAGGGAAAGUUGAGACUCGGUCUCGCAGAGAAGACGGUGAUCGUUGCUCUAGCACAGGCCGUGGUUACUCAUGAGAUCGCACUGAACGGCAAGGUGCCUAGUACAGAACAGCUCGCAAAAGGAGAAGCCGAGCUGAAGACUGUGUACAGCGAACUUCCCUCUUAUGAAGUCAUUAUCCCAGCAAUGCUUGAACACGGAAUUUUCAACCUUCACGAAAGCUGCAAAUUGCAGCCUGGAGUACCGCUCAAACCAAUGCUUGCGAAGCCAACCAAGUCCAUUACUGAAGUGCUUGACCGUUUCGAGGGAAAGAAUUUUACUUGUGAAUACAAGUACGACGGUGAGCGAGCACAAAUACAUUAUGUGGCUCCUGAAGCGAUGUCGGAAUUCCCCGCAGCUGCAAAUACUCUAUCAAAGGAUCCAAAGCAUUUCAAAGGACUGGCCGCUAUCUUCUCAAGAAACUCGGAAGACCUGUCAAAGAAAUACCCUGACAUCCUCGAGAAAUUGAACACCUGGAUCAAGCCAACGACGAAGAGUUUUGUUCUUGAUUGUGAGACGGUCGCAUGGGACCCGCAGAACAAGAAGGUUUUGCCGUUUCAGCAAUUGAUGACUCGAAAACGAAAGGAUGUGAAAACGUCAGAAGUUACAGUCAAGGUCUGCGUCUUCGCAUUCGAUAUGCUGUUCUACAAUGGUGAGCCCCUUGUCAAAAAGACAUUCCGCGAACGACGUGAGUUGCUGCACCACGCAUUUGAUCCGCUCGAAGGGGAAUUUGCGUACGCACAAUACGGCGAUGCCAAGGACAUUGACGAAAUCCAGCACCUUCUGGAUGAUUCAGUGAAAGCAUCCUGCGAAGGUCUCAUGGUCAAAAUGCUUGACACAGAAGAGUCAGGCUAUGAGCCGAGCAAACGCUCCCGCAAUUGGCUUAAAGUCAAGAAGGACUACCUCAAUGGCGUGGGUGACUCGCUUGAUCUGGUCGUCCUGGGGGCGUACCAUGGCAAAGGAAAACGUACCUCUUGGUUCGGAGCCUUCCUUCUGGCUGCAUGGAAUCCAGAAACCCAAAUGUUUGAGACGGUAUGCAAUAUUGGGACUGGGUUUUCUGAAGCAGUCUUGGAAGAGUUCCACAAAGACCUCUCCGAGAUCAUCAUCGAGCGCCCAAAGCCGUUCUACUCCCAUUCAAGCGUCAAAAAUGACCAACCGGAUGUGUGGUUCGAGCCUCGCUUUGUGUGGGAAGUCAAAACUGCAGAUCUUACCUUGAGUCCUCGGUAUCGGGCAGCGAUCGAUGAGAUGGGUGGCAAGAAUGGAAUCAGUUUGAGGUUCCCUCGAUUCAUCCAAAAGCGCGAAGACAAAAAGCCAGAGGAUGCCACUACCUCAGUUGCCAUUGCUGAAAUGUACCGAAAACAGGAAGUUGUCGCGAAGGAGAGUAAGAGCAAGGGGGUUGACGAUGAUUUCGAAUAUUGA